UGCGCACUUCCCUUGCAGACAAAUUUGCUUACAUAUUGCAAUCUCUCUUGUCGUGUCUUUCGUCUCUUUCGACCCAAUGCGCUCAGUCGAUUGCAAACCACCCGAUAAUUCCAACCUAACUUAUAAUCGAAAAGGCAGGGUGAUCUCUAUGUAAAACCCUACACCACUGCUCUGUUAUCUCCGCCAACCCAAUUCUCAUCACUCAGCGCCGAUGGGGACGGAGGGUUAUGCGACGGAGAACAAUGAGCUCGAUAAAUGGGGUUUCAAGCCUAACAGAGGUCUCACCGCUGCUUCUGAAAUCACCGUACGUGGUGUUCUCACCACUCUAUUGGGGAAGGUCGAUAAGGAUGACAAAAGAUCUAUAGUACCCCUCGGCCAUGGCGACCCUUCUGCUUUCCCCUGCUUCAGAACCACCUUAGCUGCCGAAGAUGCGGUGGUUGAUUCCUUUAGAUCGGCCAAGUUCAAUUGCUAUGCCCCUACUGUUGGUAUUCUUCCUGCGAGGAGACAGGGCUGUCGCAGAAUACCUUAACCGUGAUCUCCCAUACAAGUUAUCUGAAGAUGAUGUCUAUCUCACACUUGGAUGCCUUCAAGCAAUUGAAGUUGCAUUAACAGUCCUCGCCCGACCUGGUGCAAACAUUUUGUUCCCAAGGCCAGGUUUCCCUUACUACGAAUCACGCGCUGCAGUGUGUGGCCUUGAAGUUCGUCACUUUGAUCUGGUUCCUGAAAGAGGGUGGGAGGUGGAUCUUGAAGCUAUUGAAUCUCUGGCAGACAAGAAUACUGUUGCAAUGGUUGUUGUAAACCCUGGAAACCCAUGUGGAUGUGUCUACAGCUACGAACAUCUAAAGAAAGUUGCAGAGACAGCUAAAAAGCUUGGAAUACUGGUGAUUGCUGAUGAAGUAUAUGCACAUCUCACGUUUGGUAGCAAGCAGUUUGUGCCAAUGGGUGUGUUUGGAUCAAUUGUGCCUGUCUUGACACUUGGGUCAAUCUCCAAGAGAUGGAUUGUUCCUGGCUGGCGACUUGGUUGGCUUGUGACUACUGAUCCGAAUGGAAUCCUCCUCAAAACUGGGAUGGUUGACACGAUCAAGGGCUAUCUGGAUAUCUCCUCAGAUCCUCCAACUGUCAUUCAGGGUGGAGUUCAACAACUAAUCGAAAAUACGAAGGAGGACUUCUUCUUGAAAAUUAAAAGCUUGUUGAAAAAGGCAGCGGACACAGGUUAUGACAGGCUUCAAGACAUUCCUUGUGUUACCUGCCCAAUGAAACCAGAGGGUUCCAUGUUCGUUAUGGUAAAGCUGAACUUGUCGAAACUGGACGACAUUGAAGAUGACGUCGACUUCUGCGUCAAGCUGGCUAGAGAGGAAUCAGUGAUAGUGCUGCCAGGAAUAGCUGUAGGUCUGAAGAACUGGCUUCGUGUUACUUUUGCAAUUGAACCUUCUGCCCUUGAGGAUGGCCUUGAUAGGAUGAAAGCCUUCUGUAAAAGACAUGGCAAGAAGCAAUAAUUUACCGAGUAAAAUUGGAUCAACAGCUGGAAGUUGAUCCUCAUCCAUUCCAAUCAUGAGCUCUGUGGGGAAGUUUUUAAUUUUCAUGUGUAGCAAGCAAUAAGUUUGGAUCCCAAACAAUCGUCAACUGUUGUUGACUGGAUCAACAUUCAAUGUUGAUCCUUAUGGUAUGGACAUGAGUUGUGUGAUUUCUUCUUUCUGUUCCCUUAGUUGAGAACUGGAAGUAGUUGAAGAACAUUCUACCCGUUUGUAAUAAAGAACAGAGAUGAUCAACUUCGUGUUGGCUCUCGAUUGAAAACUCUGCUCUUGAAAGUUCCACAGAUUGAACGUUCUUCACUUAUCCAUGAGAAUUAUUCCUGCAGUUUGACGGCUUCGGAGCUGCCUUUGUUCCCACGCCAUGGCACUCUUUAGGGCCCGUAGUAUUGUUGCUUGUUUUUGUUUCCUGUUGUGUUUUAAGAAAUUUGGAAAACCAAGAAAAAAAACGUGUUUAGUUGGGUUUUUAUUUUUGUUGUGAAUCAGAGUUGCACAACAAGGCCCAAAUAUGAGAAACAACAAUUUAUAGCUUUGGAUCUGAUUCUUAAAAAUGUUGCACACGGGAUUCCUACUGGUUGGGCGCUUGAUUUCAUUAAAACAGACCAGUUUUUGAAUCCCCACAGAAGCAAAAAAUUUUCUUUUUUUUUAACACAGCCCCCCCCCCCCCCCCCAAAAACCCUACUUCCCAGCACACACAGUUGCAGCU